AGUUCUCGUAAGUAGCAACACAACAGUUCGGACAUGAAUUGAAAGAUGACGAGAGAUGAAGAUGCAUGGUGAUGAUUAGGAAGGAAAAAAGUGAAAAAUGGAGAGCAUAGUAGAGUUUAUGAGAAACUUAGCGCAGCAGCACGCCCAGGUGGUUCCUUUAACACUCUUCGUCGCUGUUCUGUGUCUCUGUUUAAUCAUCGGCCAUUUGUUGGAGGAAAACAGAUGGGUUAACGAAUCCAUCACCGCCAUCAUCAUCGGAUGCAUCUCUGGAACGUUUAUCUUGGUUCUAAGCAAUGGCAAAAACUCCCAUAUAUUAAGAUUCAAUGAAGAGAUCUUCUUUAUAUAUCUCCUUCCUCCUAUAAUAUUCAAUGCAGGAUUUCAGGUCAAGAAAAAGCAGUUCUUCCAGAACUUCAUAACCAUUAUGCUGUUCGGGGUGGUUGGUGUUUUCAUUUCAGCCUUCAUUAUUGUUGCUGGCUGCAGGUGGCUGUUUCCGAGAUUAGGAUUUUAUGGUCUGAAAGCACGUGACUAUCUUGCUGUAGGUGCAAUAUUUUCAUCAACCGACACAGUGUGCACACUGCAGGUUCUUCAUCAAGAUGAGACUCCUUUACUAUACAGCUUAGUAUUUGGGGAAGGAGUGGUUAAUGAUGCAACAUCAGUUGUUCUCUUCAAUGCAAUACAAAAGAUGGAUGUCACAAGGCUUAAUUCGAUGACUACCCUUCACGUUAUUGGAGAUUUCGUGUACUUGUUCUUGACAAGCACUGCUCUGGGAGUCACUACUGGGCUUGUGACAGCUUAUAUACUGAAAACCUUAUACUUUGGAAGGCAUUCGAGCAUUCGUGAAAUUUCCCUGAUGGUUUUAAUGGCGUAUCUGUCUUACAUGUUAGCUGAGCUGCUGGACUUGAGUGGGAUUCUUACUGUUUUCUUUUGUGGGAUUCUCAUGUCACAUUAUGCUUGGCAUAAUGUGACCGAAAGUUCGAGAAUCACAACCAGGCAUGUAUUUGCAAUGAUGUCAUAUGUUGCAGAGACAUUCAUAUUUCUCUAUGUGGGCAUGGAUGCACUUGAUAUUGAGAAAUGGAAGACAAGUAAAUUAAGUUUUGGAAAUUCAAUGAGCAUCUGCAGCAUGUUAAUGUUGCUAAUAUUGCUGGGACGAGCUGCAUUCGUGUUUCCUCUCUCAGCUCUUUCCAAUUGCAUGAACAGAGGAAGAGUAUCACUGAUUACGUUCAGACACCAGAUAAUUAUUUGGUGGGCUGGACUAAUGAGAGGAGCAGUCUCAAUUGCUUUGGCUUAUAAGCAGUUCACAAAUGCUGGGGUUACAUGGGAGCCAAUCUUUGCUACAAUGGUCACUAACACCAUCAUUGUCGUCCUGUUCUCCACAAUGGUGUUUGGUUUUCUGACAAAACCAUUAAUAGUCUAUAUGCUUCCGCAAAAUGCAAAUAACCAAGACAAUCAUCAAGAAGAAAAGAUGCCUAAAGAAGAUGCGCGUCUACCUUUGCUAUCGUUCGAAGAGUCUGCGACAACCAACCUGCAACGAGCAUCAGAGAGUUUUUCCAUGCUAAUGGAAAGCCCUGUGUAUACUAUACAUUACUACUGGAGGAAAUUUGACAAUGCCUACAUGAGACCUGUAUUUGGGGGUCCUGGAAGCAGUCACCCAGAAUGCUAGGCAUAUGCGAAUGAAAUGAUCUCGUGUCGAUGCUGGCCAGGAUACUGGUAUUGGAGGUGCAUCAUUUCUUGGCCAAUUUUGCUGAAUGUAGAUUGAUUGAUUUGAUGAUUUGGUUGAGUUUUGAAAGUGUGACUG